AUGUCGACAGAAUUAUUAUUAUCAUUAGCUACGGAUUACAUUCAAUUAUUACAGUAUCCCGAAGAAGAUUUUAAUGUGCUCAUAAAAAUUGGUGAAAAUAACAAUUAUCAAGAAUUUAAGGCUCAUUCUGUCAUUCUUCGAAGUAGUUGUUCUAGUUUAAUGAAUCUUUUGGUGGCAGCUGAUGAGUUAUGCCUUAAUCAAUUGGUAGAUUAUGCUCAAGAUUAUUUUGUUGCAAAUGGUUUGAAUUGGUUAUGUGACAAUUUUUAUGAUGUCCUUUUCACCAUUUUUGCACAUGAUAAUUUUGAAAAACUUCAGAAAAGUUGUUCAAAAAUAAUUGCUCAUGAUCCUAAAAAUCAUCGACAUUAUUUUACGCAAUGGCCAGAAAAGUUAAUAUUGGAAGUAUUACAGCGAGAAGAUCUUCAACUCGAAGAAAUUGAUGUAUGGGAUACAAUAUUAAGAUGGGGAGCAGCACAAGUUGGAUUAUCAACUCGAAAUGUUGCCCAAUGGACACAAGAUGAUUUUUCUAGAUUAUCUGAUAAAUUAAAGAAUUGUAUUCAACAUAUUCGAUUUUAUCAUAUUUCUGUUGCUGACUUUUCUAAUCGUGUUCUACCAUUCAGUAAUGCAAUAUCAGAUGAAGCUUACAAUGAAAUAUUCCAAUAUUUACUUAUGAGAUACACUAUCAACUUAUUACCACCUCGAGGUAUUUUACUUGAUUCAGAGAUUAUAGGAAUACGUCACGCGGCAUUGAUUGCCAGUUGGAUAGAUCGUCAAGAAACAUAUAAUCGACCAUGUUUUGGAGUAUCCGAUUUGGUGAUGGUGGUAUCUUCUGGACAUUCGUGGGGCAAAUUUUUAUAUAAUUUUCCUUGGACGUGUAAACAAUCAUGUUAUGAAUUUCCAAUUACUAAAAAUUCUUAUUUUGCUAUUGAUAAUUAUGAAGUUUUCAAACUUGUAAGAAAAGGUUCUUAA